UGCCACCAAAGAAGCUGGAAAUUCAAAAUCAUGUAAAUGGUAGCACUUUAGAGGUCAGGGAAGCAGAAAGGAUAGCACUUACAUGUAUAGCACGCCACAGUAAGCCUGCGGCAAAGUUGAAGUGGUAUCGAAAUGGAAUUCUACUUCAAGGAGGUUCAUUUCACCCAAGAGAAGAAACAACAAACGGUAGAGUACAUACAACACUUAGCACAAUUACAGUCUAUGUUAUUAUGGAUGACAAUGGUGCUUCAUACACAUGCGAAGCCAUUCACAGAGCUUUGACACAUCCCCUACGAGCCAAGAUAUCAAUUGAUGUUUUGUGUGGGCAAACUUUUGAUUUUGAUGAUUUAUUCCUGCCUUGGAAAUAA